AUGACUGUCUCAAACGUCCCUCCUUCCGUGGUUCAACACGCCGGCAUCCCCUACUUCACUCCUAGCAACAACGCCGGUGCUGCGCUAGAUCACGAGAAGCCAGAUACACCCACGAUCUUCAAGCCAUUGCAAAUCAGAGAUGUGACCCUCAAAAACCGAGUCAUGGUUGCCCCAAUGUGCAUGUAUUCCACGGAAUCCAAUCCAUCGUCCCCGUCUAUUGGAGCCUUGACAGACUACCAUCUGGCCCACCUUGGUCACCUUGCCCUGAAGGGCGUGGGCUUGGUCAUGAUAGAGGCAACCGCUGUUCAGGAAAACGGACGUAUCUCGCCAAAUGACUCGGGUCUAUGGCAAGAUGGCAUUCACUCAGAGCAGUUCAAAGGACUCCAGCGUAUUGUGAACUUUGUUCAUAGUCAGGGUGCCAAGAUUGCCAUCCAACUGGCCCAUGCUGGACGGAAAGCCAGUACGAUGGCGCCUUGGAUAGCAAAUCAAGCCGGCAAAAGAAGCCUGAGGGCCGACGAGAGUGCCGGUGGAUGGCCCACGAACGUUGUUGGGCCAUCCGGUGGUGAGGGUCAGAUAUGGGCCCCGGGAGAUGGCUUCUGGCCUCCCCGUGAGUUGAGCACUACUGAGGUCGAGGACGUGGUCAAGGCGUUUGCGAAGAGCGCUGCACUGGCUGUCCAGGCUGGCGUGGAUGUUAUUGAGAUUCACGGCGCACACGGAUACCUAAUCGGUGAAUUCCUCAGUCCUGUUACGAAUCAACGAACGGAUAGAUUUGGAGGCUCGUUUGAAAACCGGAUCAGAAUCGUUCGAGAAAUUGCCUCCAGCGUCCGGUCUGUCAUUCCAGCAGGGAUGCCUCUAUUCCUUCGAAUCAGCGCAACGGAAUGGCUUGAGCAUCUGCAUUCCGACUCGUGGGAUCUUACAUCCUCAGUGAAGCUUGCAAAGCUACUUCCCUCGCUCGGCAUCGAUUUCCUCGAUGUCAGCUCUGGUGGUAAUAGCAAGGACCAGAAAAUCGACAUGCACAACGACUACCAAGUCGGCCUUGCGGGCGAAAUUCGCCGGGAAAUCCGGGCUGAUGGGCAAAAGACCUUGGUCGGAGCUGUGGGCCUAAUUACAAAGCCCCACAGAGCCAGUGAAAUUGUCCAGAAUGCGGAUAAGGAUGAGGGGAGACUAGCGGACUCUAUGCUCUCAGGACCGCAGCCUAUGGCUGAUGCUGUUCUGAUGGCGCGACAGUUUCUACGUGAGCCUGACUGGGUGUUCAAUGCGGCCACGGUUUUAGGUGCCAAGGUUACUCUGCCAUUGCAGCUUGGCCGUGCCUUUACUAUGUAG